AUGCCCUCCAAGGAAGCUGUCCUCACGGCCAACGCCCCGGCCCCGUUGCCUGUCCUCUCUCAAGCUAUCAAACUGAACGGCAUGGUCUACUGCUCUGGCCAGGUCGGCACUGAUCCCAAGACCGGCCAGAUGACCGAGGGCAGCGUCCAGGACAGGACAAGACAAGUCUUAAAAAACCUCAGCGCCGUCCUAGAAGCUGCCGGCACGAACCUGGACAAUGUUGUCAAGGUCAACAUCUUCCUUACGUCCAUGGCCGAUUUUGCCGCAGUUAACGAGAUCUACUCGGAGUUCUUCAGCUCCGAUCCUAAACCGUGCCGCACGUGUGUUGCCGUUCACCAACUUCCCCUUGGAACGGAUGUUGAGAUCGAAUGCACUGCAGCCUUGUAG